AGUCAUGUUAGGCAAGCCGUUCCCAAAAUAGAACCUUCCAUUUUGGUAGCUUCAACCCUGCAGCUGCUGUGUCUCUCCCUCGUCUGCGAAGAAAACUUUCACAUUAAGAGUUGCUGAUGCUGGAUUUUCUUUCUCUCCCCUCUGAGUGUUGAUGAGCUCUGCGCUCCUGACAGCGGCGAUCUGGCUCUCAGCUCUGUGGUUCGGAAGAAGUUGGGUCUAUAGAUUUUUUUUUUCUUUCUUUUUCUUCCCCCAACUCUCCAUUGAUGCGUUGAGCUUCCGAGGGGAUCCCACCUGCCCGUAAAGCAUGUUGCCUUCUCAAGGAGUCCUCUUGCAUCCCUAUGGCGUACCUAUGAUCGUUCCAGCCGCCCCCUACUUCCCAGGACUGAUCCAGGGUAAUCAGGAAGCAGCAGCUGCCCCUGACACAAUGGCUCAGCCUUACGCUUCGGCCCAGUUUGCCCCCCCUCAGAACGGCAUCCCCGCGGAAUACACGGCCCCUCACCCCCACCCCGCACCGGAGUACACGGGCCAGACCACCGUCCCGGAGCACACGUUAAACCUGUACCCUCCCGCGCAGUCGCACUCGGAGCAGAGCGCAGCGGACACGAGCGCGCACACCGUCUCGGGCACGGCCACACAGACAGAUGACGCAGCGCCCACGGAUGGCCAGCCCCAGACACAGCCUUCUGAAAACACGGAAAACAAGUCCCAGCCCAAGAGGCUGCAUGUCUCCAACAUCCCCUUCCGGUUCCGGGAUCCGGACCUCCGACAAAUGUUUGGUCAAUUUGGUAAAAUCUUAGAUGUUGAAAUUAUUUUUAAUGAGCGAGGCUCAAAGGGAUUUGGUUUCGUAACUUUCGAAAAUAGUGGCGAUGCGGACAGGGCGAGGGAGAAAUUACACGGCACCGUGGUAGAGGGCCGUAAAAUCGAGGUAAAUAAUGCCACAGCACGUGUAAUGACAAAUAAAAAGACUGUCAACCCUUAUACAAAUGGCUGGAAAUUGAAUCCAGUUGUGGGUGCAGUAUACAGUCCUGAGUUCUAUGCAGGCACCGUGCUGUUGUGCCAGGCAAACCAGGAGGGAUCUUCCAUGUACAGUGCCCCCAGUUCACUUGUAUAUACUUCCGCAAUGCCCGGCUUCCCGUAUCCAGCUGCCACGGCGGCGGCCGCCUACCGAGGGGCGCACCUGCGUGGCCGUGGCCGCACCGUGUACAACACCUUUCGGGCCGCAGCGCCCCCACCCCCGAUCCCGGCCUACGGCGGAGUAGUGUAUCAAGAGCCUGUGUAUGGCAAUAAAUUGCUGCAGGGUGGUUAUGCUGCAUACCGCUACGCCCAGCCCACCCCUGCCACUGCCGCUGCCUACAGUGACAGUUACGGACGAGUUUAUGCUACCGACCCCUACCACCACACACUUGCUCCAGCCCCCACCUACGGCGUUGGUGCCAUGAAUGCUUUUGCACCCUUGACUGAUGCCAAGACUAGGAGCCAUGCUGACGAUGUGGGUCUCGUUCUUUCUUCAUUGCAGGCUAGUAUAUACCGAGGGGGAUACAACCGUUUUGCUCCAUACUAAAUGACAAAAACCAUUAAAAAAAAAAACAAAAAACAAACCUUCCAACAUGGGGAAAAAGGAAGCUUUCCGAGGCCUGGGUAUUGCAAUACAUGCAGUAGUGCAUCAUUUUAGCAUCUAAAAAAAAAAAUUAAAUUAAAAAGAGGAAAAAAAUUACAUUUUUUAUCUUAUACCUCAGAUAUUUUGUUCUGUGUAUUUUAAUAUUGUGGGUCUUUCAUUUCCGAAGGUUCUGUAGUUUGGUUGCUGGCUGUAGGCAGUUUUUUUUUGUGUGUGGUUGAUCUAGAGAGAUGCUAGCUAUGACUAAACACUGGUAUAGGGCCAUAUCCAGAGUGCUGUAUUCUGUAAAUGAAAUUAUAUAUGCUGAAUAUUAAGCUACUGGGGUUAUCAGCUGUUGGGGAAGAGUGUAAGUGACUACAGGAGUCAUGUUCUUUUCUGCAUCUGCAUUAUUUUAUUUUAUGAAACGGGAAGGGUGGGAGGGACCUA